CAAUUGUGACAAUGUCUUCAAAAUAGACAGUGAGAAUGGAGUUAUAUCGACGAAUAUAAUACUUGACAGAGACAGUGGAAAGAUACAAAAGGAAUCUGGCAUCUGUGUAUUGACUGUAGAAGCAAAGGAAUUAAAUACGUCAAAGAAGAAACAAUGGGGAAAUACAACCACAACAACAAAUGUAACAAUAACUGUAAAUGAUGUUGACGACAACAAUCCAGAAUUCAAUGAGACUUACUAUAAAGCAACUAUAAAAGAGAACGCACCGAAUAAUGUUCGGUUAACAAUGAAUCAAACAUUACUCGUCAGUGACAAUGACCAGGAUCAGAAAAAUAAUAAGAUGAACAUUGUAAUAAGAAAUGAGGAUAACUCAUCGUGUACAGACUUUACCGCUUCACCAAACGUUAUACAAGGCUCUGGGAAUAUCCAGAUAUUAGUGAGCAACAACAGCUUCCUUGAUUACGAAAAAAUCCAGAACACUACAAUAAAGGUUAUCGCAACUGAGAAUAUAAACUCUACAAAAACCGCUGUAGCUAUUGUUUAUAUUAGAAUUAUAGAUGUUAAUGACAUGACCCCACAUUUCAACAGCACCUCAUUCAAACUUUAUGUGAAGGAAAAUAGUAAAAGUGGCACAAAAAUCUCUCAAAUCACGGCUACAGAUAAAGAUUGUUCUCCAGAAUUUAGGAAGUUGAGUUACAGUAUAAAUGGAGGAAACGGCAGAUUCAUUGUAGAUAUAGACACCGGAUAUAUCUUAGUAAAUUGUUCUGAUUGUCGCGCCCAGCUUGACAGGGAAAAACAGAAUAUUUAUUAUAUGACAUACACAGCUAAAGAUAUGGAUCGGAGAAGUGAUUCCGCUUCACUGAUUAUUGAGGUCACAGACGAAAACGACAACGCACCUAAAUUUCUGUCUAGUAUUUACAAAGUAGUUGCAGACGAAAAUGAUGCGAAAUAUCUAAAUAAGACAUCACCUUUGAUAAAAAUAGAGGCCAUCGAUGCAGAUAAAGAAAACACAAACAACAGUCUUGUUACAUAUUUCAUUACAAGCACUUCACCCAGCAACUUGACCAGCAAUUUUACUAUUAAUAACAGUACUGGAAAUAUGUAUCUUCUAACCAUGUUGGAUUAUGAACGACUCUUGGAUACCCAAGGCGAGAUUAAUAUCACCGUAGAGGCACGCGACAAUGGGAAACCAGCACUUAACAGUACGACCAUUGUAAACUUGCACGUUCAGGACAAAAAUGACAACACCCCAAGGUUCAACUCCACUUAUUAUGAUGCUACUGUGUCUGAGGAUGCAGUCUCAACGGAAAAUAAUUACACUAAUGUGGCACAAGUGUUUGCGUCCGACAAUGACGGCACAGAGCGGAACAAGUUGUUAAACUACAUCAUCAUAAAAGGUGGAUCCGACAGAUUUACGAUCGAUGCAGGGACGGGAAUGGUCAAAGUCCAGCUUGGUGUUACUCUGGACAGAGAAACAACAUCAAAUUAUACCCUUACCAUCCUGGCAAUCGAUCAAGGAUAUCCACCAAGAAACGGAUCUACAAAUAUGUUGAUAAUGGUCACUGAUGUAAAUGAUUCUCCACCACGUUUCAACCAAUCAGAGUAUGCUGCGUCUGUCAAAGAAGAUGCAAAUCUUUCAAAGGCUGUAGUAACUUGUCCAGCUACAGAUUUAGAUUUAAAUCAUACAUUACAAUACAAUAUUACAAACAUUGAAGCGUUUGAUGAAACAGGGGGAAAUGUUAAUAUAUCAGUCGUGUCUGAUUAUUUUGGAAUACAUCAAAAUAAUGGAACAAUCUUUGUAAAAGGCAAAUUGGACCGGGAAACUGCUGCCAGAAUUAUUCUAAUGCUUCAAGUGACGGAUGUAAAUGCUCAAAAAAACUUACCUCAAACUGCAAAAGCUACCCUGACUAUAACGCUUGAAGAUGUUAAUGACAACAUUCCUGAAUUUACCAACAAAUCUUAUCAAUUCAGCAUUAUAGAAAAUGCUCGGAACGAAGCUAUUCUUGGAACAGUUAAAGCAACAGACAAAGAUAUAAACCGAACAAUAACAUACAGUUUGACUGGUGGAAGCACGGAUAAGUUCAAGAUAAAUUCCAAAACAGGAAUCCUGUCGAAAAUUGGUGAAUUAGAUAGAGAAAAUAGAACAGUUGUAUACGUUAAUGUCACUGCAACUGACAAUGGUAUUCCACCAAAUUGCAAAGAUGUUAAUGUUAGUAUUGUCGUAGAUGAUUUUAACGACAACGCACCAAAAUUCGGAGGAUUCAAUAGAACUGUUUACCUAAAUGAAAGUUCAGAGAAUGGGACGAUCGUUUUGACUAUAAAUGCAUCCGACGCCGAUGAAGGCCCAAAUAGAAACAUCACAUAUUUCAUUGAUCCCACUAUAAAUGCUUUCGAAAUAAAUAAAAGUACGGGGGUGAUCACGGUAAGAAAUACAGUCGACCGGGAAAGCACGCCUGAAUAUAACUUGCAUAUAUUGGCAAAAGAUAAUCCUGUUGACAUAAAGGAACAAAAAAGCAAUGAUACAACUGUAAAAGUUAUCGUAGAAGACAUAAAUGAUAACUGCCCAAACUUCACAAAGGUCGAAUACAGUGCUAGAGUUGAAGAAACCAAAUCAAAUGGAACACUUAUAACUACUGUUUCGGCAAAUGAUAAAGACAUUGGAGAAAACGCCAAGAUUUCGUAUAAGAUUAGUAAUUCAUCGAAUACAACUUUGUUUACAAUCGAUGAAAACAGUGGUAUUGUUAAAGUAAAACACCAUUUAAAAGACAAAAUAGGAUAUUAUAAUCUUACAGUUAUAGCAUACGACCAUGGUUAUCCUCAAUUAAAUGGUACCGCUGAACUUUCUAUCGAAGUUACCGACAUAAACGACCAUAAACCUAAUAUAACGAAUAUUCCAGUCGGGAACAAAAUGAGUCUUUACGAGUGUGCCAGUGUUGGGGCAAACGUUCAUAAUUUCAGUUAUACAGACGGUGAUUUUUCAGAUGUAAACAAAUAUGCAAUUUUUAAAUUUGUAUCACAAAGUAAUGAAAGCAGUGCGUUCAACUUGACACAAGAUGGAAAAUUAAUCGUGAACCAUAAAUUAGAUGUUUUAAAAAAGGAUAGUUACACGCUCGAAAUUCAAGCAACAGAUACAGGAAAACCACCAUUAUCAUCGGAACCAGUAUUCAUUACUGUUCAUAUACUAGAUGUAAAUGACCAUGUGCCAUCAUUUACCAAUAAUAUAACAACUUUAACACUAUCUGAAAACAGUACUUUCAAAGACAGUGUUAAACAAGUAACGGCUACAGAUGAUGACAAAACCUCAAAACUUUGCUAUAAAAUGACAAAGUCAAAUUGGACGGAAUACUUUAACAUAAGUAAAACUGAUGGAAAGAUAUACAAUAUUAAAAAACUCGAUUAUGAAAGGGCCCAUUCUAUGGAACUGGAAAUAAAAGUGAACGAUUGUUCGCUUCCGGAUAAUACUACAUACUGUGGAUUAAAUCAAACCAAUAUAAUAAAAAAGAACAAAGUUAAAGAACAAACAACGAUCAAAGUUUUAAUCACCGUCACGGACACAGAUGAUAACCCACCCGUGUUUAAGCAGAAACAUUUAGCCACAGGGAUGAGAAGAAACACUGAGGCUGAUACUGAAUUAGAAUUACAUUUAAGGAAUACCUCUUACAUAAAUGAUGCCGACUCUCCUGAAAAUGGCGUGCUAGGCUGGACGUUUUCCAACUGUAGAAACAUAACAGUCAGUCCUGAAUUACAAAAUAAAAUCAAACACGACAGUGGUGAUAAGUUAUGUGAUGAUGGAAUUAAACAUAUAUUUUGUAUCACCAAAAAUGGAACUAUAGUGAACAACAAAUUCUUCAGUGAAGAUUUAUCCGGUUAUUUUAUUGUGACUGUUAAUGUAUCGGACAAAGCUGGAUUCGACACUGCUAAUGUGACGAUUUACUUGAUAAGUGACUCUCAGGUGAUAACAAUGUCGAUUCUCAAGCCAAAAGAUUGGGUAGCAUAUAGGAAAGAUGAUCUCUUAAGCGAACUCAGUAAAAUUCUUGGAUAUACAGCAGUCUUUGACAGUAUUCAAGACCAUAGAGAAAAUGGAGUUUUGAACACGCAAGGCUCUGACUUAAAAUUUCAUAUCGUUGAUCCGAAAACACAAGCGGUUUUGGCGGGAAAGGACUCUAUAGAGUUGUUUGAUAAACAAGCUAACAAUGCGGAGAUGAUAAAUCUGCAGAAUACGUAUAGUGUUAUGAAAGUCACUCAACACAAUAUGGAUGAAAGUACUGCAGAAGAAGGGUCUAAAAAGUUGACGCUGAUCUUAGUAGCUGUAUCCAUUGGAGAAGCUCUUAUAAUAGCCAUUGUCAUAUUUGUUGCACUUUCUGCAAGGAACAAAUUUAGGCGGAAACUUAAAGCGGCAGUCAUAAACACGCCAGACAUGGAAAUGCAUGUAUUAGAACAAAAGGAAGCUGCCAUUCCAGGAAGCAAUCUUUAUUCAAAACAGAACAAUCCGUUGUUGAAUGCUGACAUCAAAGAUGUUAUUCACGACCAAGGUGUAGAUGAUGAAAGCUCUCGAAGCUUUGAAGACGUAGACCUUGAUGAAAAUGUUGUUGAUGAUCACACUACUGUGUAUGACAGAAUAGAGGAAAAGGAGGCAACAAUGGACAUGUACAAUGAUGAUACCUAUCAUUCCAUAUCAAGCGAGGACCUGCUUGACGCAACAUUGAAUCUUCACGCCAUGCGCAAGUCUAAGGAGAGUUUGGACAAAAUUGAUGACGAUAGUCAUGACGUCAGAUAUCAUUCGGCAGACACCACAGCAGCGUUUAUUAAUGAAUCAUUCAUGGAAGAUUUAGAAAGCACAGAAAUAUGAGUCUGAUAACAUUGCAGUUUAAGCAGAUACUUUUUGUAUUCUAAUUUGAUGCUAUAAUCGAUUUAUUAAGCAGAUGACAUUUUUGUAAAACUAUUUAAUCAAUUAUUGCAUAUGAAGGAUAAAACUAAUAUAAUUAUGAUGUAAAUUUGGUCCUAUAGCAUACUUUCUAGAGUAGAUGGGACACCUAAUAUAAUCUCUAAAUGAGUGAUAUUAUUUCAUAUUUCGGAUAUCACUGAAAGUUUUACAAUACAUGUGAAAAGAAUAAGGAAACAUAUACAAGAUGUAUAGAUCUACAUCUUUAUAAAUGUACUUUAAAAUUUCACUAGACGCAUUGUUUGAAAGUUUUAAUGAAGACAAUUGCUAUAACAUUCUACUGCUUUUUAUGUUACUGUAUAUCAGACAUAUUUGUAUGAUAUAAGAGUGUUUAAAAUGUUAUAAGACCAAAUAUAUCCGAAUGCCUGACAUGUAUAUGUGAAUAAACACAGUACUAAGUACUAGUACUAUAUAAUGUUUAUAUGUAUUGAAUAGUAGAGUUUAAAAAAAAAUAAUUUUCAACUGGACGAACAUUGUAUAAAGAUGAUAUAAUAUAUUUGCAUUGUGACUUACGUAAUAAAUUAUAUCUUAUUAUUAUCAGUAACUCCGUGGAACGACUCAGCGUUGUUGGUUUGUAACAGUCUUAAUUUCUAUCGUGUAUAUGUAAGGGCUAUAUGGUCAACUGUUUAAUAAAGGAAUAUUUGAUUAACCAAAACUUAUAUCGAACAACACAUUGCAACAUGCCGGGCUAAUCUAUUUUACAAAAGACACCGCGGACAUGUAAAACAUUAUUUUUAAAAUAUGUGUCCAUAAGUUGCUGUGUUAAAAUAACAUUAUACGCAUAUUUUUUUCCAAUUUUAUCACACAUUUGAAUACACACUUAAAGUGUAUUUAUACAAGGGUUAAAUCAAUAUUUAUAAAAAAAAUCAGUCAAAUAAUUGUUAAUUCAGAAAUUGAAAAUAUUCAUUAUUAAGUAAUUUUCAUUUCAGUUACUUAUUGAAGGUCCUAAAACUGAAUAAAGCCCCACAUAUUAUUUUUACAUAUUCUAUCUCUAGAUUUAAAACUAAGUAUUUAUAUGAUGAUUUGCUGGUGAUAUUUUUUAUUCUCUACUUAUAUGUACAUACCUGUUUGCCAAAUUGAGUGAUAAAGUUGAACACGAAAAAAAGAAUGUCUGAUAAAUCAUGUAAUGAAACAUUAUUUGCAAAACAACUGUAUUUUUUGUAUAUUUAGAUUGCAAUUAAAUGAAGGCAAAUAAUACAUAGUUUUCGCAUUUAAGAUUUUAAUGGGUUUUUUUUGUUUUAUUUUAUAAACAAAUGUAUACCUACCUAUUCAUGUCAUUAUUAUAUUAUAUAUCAUCAUUGUUUAUCACAGUAUUAUUUUCUCAUACUAUAGAUGAUUCACAUAAAGAAGUUAAUCAUUUCCUGUCUUCUUCCUCAUUUUCUUUAUUAAUGUUUCUAUGUUACUCAAGUAUCCCAUAUAACUUUUAUUCUUAUUAUAUUCAUGAUUUCCAUUAUUUGCUAUAAUAGUAAUCAAGCAUAAUAUAAAUACAUUUUUACAUUUUGAAAAUAAAUUCAUACAAGC